UUGAGUUCGUCUGCUUUUACAUUCCCGCGUUGCAUUGUAGAAAGUGAAAUUGUAGCGGUGUGUACUGAUAGAAUUCAUUAAGAAAAAAAAAAAAGAAUAUUAAGAAUUAAAACAUACAACUGGUAAACUAGACAGACAAAUGCGACACGGUGCUGCCUGGGUACCUACAAAAUAAAACACAUGUGCCGGUGAUAAAACCUAUUUGUGAAAAGGGAUCGGCACUGAGGUCAUAUUUACGAACUACGGUACUCCAUGGUUAAACUGGGAUCGAACGCCGUGGUGGGGCUCACAUUAGGAGCCACGGCAGGAGUCGGUUGGGUAAUUUAUUUGAUUUACAAAGACAGAAAAAAAAGAAAAGGCCGACGACUUGAGAAUGAAAAUAGCUCCCCGUCUGUGUUAUACAGUACUGUUGGACCACAUGGAAACAUCACUAGCAGUGCGAGAGACGUGGAGAGCCAAGCUUCUCGAGUCUGCGCUGUCCUGAGGGAGACGGAUGGCCGUGGCUUGAUGCCGGAGCAGCAGGUGGAGUUGUGGAACCAGCUGGACACAAUGCUGCAGUGUGUGACGGAGCUCAAGAGUGAGGUGGCUGACCUGAGGAAGGGGCUUGAGGGUAUCGUUGUGCAGAUAGUCAAAGAAGUAAAAUCCAGUGUGGAGGAGAGUCAGAAGGCAGGGCGGAAACGGAGACAUUUCUUCAUGAGGGAGCGCUCGGACUCCAUGAGCUCAAGCUCCAUUUACUUCAGUGCAAGCGCAGGCGCAGCCAGUGUGUACGAUGGGGAGAGUGAGGGAGGAUACACGACUGCAAAUGCAGAGUCUGAUUACAAUGGAGACACGGACAAAGAGACUGACAGGGAUACUGAGGAUGAUGAUGAUGAGGAAGUGAGUUGCGCCACGGUGAAGGCGCUCCGACGGGAUUCCCUCAGCCUGGAUGAUGAGGACCCCAAUGCCCAGCUGACCAUGGAGCUGCCUGAUGAUGAGUUCAACCUCCUACUGGAGACAAGUGACAGACUCCACUCGGGGACCAACCAGGACCAUGUUGAGGGGUUCCAGCUGUUGCUAAGCAACAAGCCCAUGUACAAGGAGAAGAAAGAAUUUCUCUGGCGGCUGGCCCGUUCCUACAAAGACAUGUAUGAGAUCACUGAAGACAAAGAUGAGAAGCAGUCCUACGCGGAACAAGGGAGAGAAGAGGCAGAAGCAGCUCUCCAGAGAGAUGACCAGUGUGCCGAGUGCCACAAGUGGUUUGCGGUUUUGAUGGGCCUCGCAUCUCACUACGAGAGCAUGCAUGGACGCCUCAAGAGUGGCUACAUUUUUAAGGAACACAUCGAUAAGGCAAUCUCCUUGAAGCCCAAUGACCCAAUGUGCUACUAUCUGCUCGGAAGGUGGUGCUAUGAUGUGUCCAAUCUGGGCUGGCUGGAGAGAAAGGCUGCGUCAGCAAUGUAUGAGACCCCUCCCACUGCCACAGUCCACGAGGCCCUGCAGAACUUCCUCAAGACUGAAGAGCUGAGCCCAGGUUAUUCUAAAACUGCAAGGCUGUACAUUGCAAAGUGCUACAAGGAUCUGGGCAACAACUCAGCAGCUCAACACUGGGCAGAUUUGGCUUCAAAGAUGACUUGUGUCUCAAAUGAGGACAUAAACAACGAAAGCUUGGAAGAAAUGUUAGAAACCCUGAGAGAAUGAGAAGUUUACGUCAUACUUGCAGCAAAUGGUUGGGGGUGUGGGGAGAGGGAUGGAGUUAAGACCUGAAUCGGUUUACCUCCGUACAGGACAGCAGAGGUGUUGGAAUGCAAGACCCCUGUAGAAAGAGUCACAUUUUUAAAUGUGACUUGGGAAUGCUUUCUUCCAGGGUCUUCAGUUGUGUUGAACAGAGUGAGUUAUCAAAGAAGUGUGUUCAUGUCUUUAAAGGCAAUACAAAGGAUAUUGACAAAGACUUUUAUAUGAAGUGCAGGAUUUGAUUAUAUCCUACUGUGUGUGUUUUUUUUUUUUUUUUAAACUGUUAACACAUUUUAUUUGUUUUAUAAAGGAAAUGUUUGUCCUGAUAUGUGCAUGUUGAAUAUAAAAGACACAAACUAACUUGUUCUUUUAGAAAUCAUUCCUUUGUCCUAAUUGAAAGCAGUGAAUAUGUACAGUAACUGGGGCCAAUUCAAUUAACUUUUAGCUUGAGAAAAUAUAUAUAUUUCAGUAAGUUAUAAAAUUGUGCAGUGUUUUUGGCUCACUGUGUUUCAAGCUUGAUUUUUUUGUUGUUCCCCUAAAAAAAAACGUUUUCCUAGCUAACAGUAAAUUGGGUAAUAUACUUGAUGCAACCUCACUGUAAUUGUGUAUAUCAACCAAGUGGGUACUGCUAGGGUUAGGGUUAAGAUGAAAGGGAAGGGUCAGGAUUAAACCGUUUUAGCACAGGGGUCCCCAUUAUCUAAACCAGUGGUGCACAACUCGGUCCUGGGGGGCCGGUGGUCCUGCAGGUUUUUAUUCC